CGUCCGAGCUCGGAUGCGCCCAUGGAACAGCUGCGAUCUUCGUGACCUCGAGGCUUUUGAACGAACUAAUUAAAUAUCAUCUGCUGCGGUUUUCAACUUCGUUCUGCUUUACGAUGACUGCCGUCGUCCGUCCGAGGCCUCGAGUGUCUGCCUAGCCUCAAAGGAGCGCCGGAGCCAUGGCGAGAAUCAAACACGGGGUAUUCUCCUGGGAGGAUGUAUUGGCGCAACGAUAUCAGAGUAAUAAACCAUCCGCCCUACCCAAACCGAGAAGACGCACACUUGCUGGUCAAGAGCACCCCGAGGAAUCUCCGCAGUCCGAUACGGAAUCAGGAACACCGACGCAAGAUGCAUCUUUGCUCUUGACGAGACUUUCUCCGGAAGUUCGAUUAAUCAUAUGGGAGCAAGUUCUGGGCGGAAGACGUCUGCAUAUCAUCCAAAAAUGCCGUAGGCGACUCUGUCACGUUAGCUGUCCGCUUCGUGAGUCCUGCGACAUCUGUCGCGGCGGCCUCGCACAGCCUGCGAAGGAUUGCGAGGUCCCACACGACUGGGAUCUGCUGUCAUUACCAAUGACAUGCAAACAAAUUUAUCACGAGUCCAUACAUAUGGUGUACUCGUUGAAUACGUUUGAGUUCAGCAACACUUGGUCUCUUACGUACCUGCGUCCUACCGUCCCGCAGGAGCGGUGGGACGAGAUUCGCGCGGUGGAACUGAAAUGGGCUUUCCCUGGCCACUGGCUUCCCAGUAAAGAUCCCGUGAAGACUAUCUACGUCUCCGCCGGUCGUCAGCAGUGGCUAGACACGUGCAAGGCUAUUACCAAGAUGAAGAACCUCCAAGCGUUUACCCUCUCUCUGACGGGGAACUGGUUCAGUGAGCCCGUGGAGAAGAUCCCGGUCUUUCUUGAACCACUGAGGGAUCUGAAACUGAAACAGCGCUGGAAUGUGCAGCUUCCGGAACAGCCGUAUUACAUCAAUGAGAUCUCAGAGCUGAACGAUACCAUGCGAAAGAGAGGCGUUGAUUGCUCGAUACAGAUCGCGUGAUGUGAUGCAGUUGAACCAAAGCUGAUUUCCGUGACUUGAUCUGACAGCAAUUUGAAUAGAACCAAAGCCUGCCCACGAAGCUUUGGUGUUUGGACGCAUUUGAGAUA